CACAAUUAAAAAUGCAUUUAUAAUGCAUUUGUCUUAUGGAUUUCCUAUUUAUUUGGUAGAUAAACAGAGGUCUACACGUCUUGUCGUAUAUUCAAUUCCGAUACAUGAUACUAAUUCGAUGACAUAUCAAUUAUAUCCAGAAAUUACUCAACAUAAUUUUCAAUAUUAAGUUUCUUUGAUAAAAUGAAUCAAUAAGGUAUUGUGACAUUGUUGUGUAUACCAGAUUUGGCAUUAUCAUUACUGAUUGGUAAAAUUUCAUAUUUUGUAAAAAAAAAAAGGUAAUGAAGGUUAUGAAUUUAUGAAAAAAAAUUCAUUCAUAUCCAUUAUUUCGGAUGAAAAAAAAGAAGAAAACAGAGGGUCUGUUGAAUUUCAAGUAUUCUGUGUUACCAAUAAGAUACGAAGACUUACUUCACAUUUGGAAUUGCACAAAAAAGACUAUCAUCUUAGAGAGAACUACGAAAAAUUCUGGGAAAACGCCUACGACUACUGACUUAAUAAUCAAAGAAAAAUGUAGUACGUUAUAAAGAUUUACUAAGUCAAUUGACAUUUGAGAACUAAAAACACGUUAAUUUGAAGAGUCGUUUUGAAUCAUUUGAUUUAUUAGAUCUUGAAUUUUGAUGAACUUCUUUUUGUUUUCAGCAAUUCAUGGAAAAAAAAAUUCGUGUAAAGAAUGAAUCGGGGAAAAAUCUAUGACUGUACCAACUUCCAAAAAGGACAUCAUGAUAGUCAAUAUGGGCCCUCACCAUCCAUCAAUGCAUGGAGUUCUCCGACUCAUCGUUACUUUAGACGGUGAAGAUGUUAUUGACUGUGAACCAAUAGUGGGUUAUUUACACAUGGGUAUGGAAAAAAUUGCGGAAAAUCAAACAAUUAUACAAUAUCUUCCUUAUGUGACACGUUGGGAUUAUUUAGCUACUAUGUUCACAGAAGUAAUCACUUUAAACGGACCAGAACAGUUGGGAAAUAUUCAAGUACCUAAAAGAGCUAGUUAUAUCCGAGUAAUUAUGUUGGAAUCAAGUCGUAUAGCUUCUCAUUUGUUAUGGCUCAACCCUUUUAUGGCGAAUAUUGGCGCGUAGACCCCUUUCUUCUAUAUUUUUAGAGAAAGAGAAUUGAUAUAUGAUUUAUUCGAAGCUGCUACCGGUAUGAGAAUGAUGCAUAAUUAUUUUCGUAUUGGAGGAGUAGCUGCCGAUCUACCUUAUGGAUGGAUAGAUAAAUGUUCAUUUUGUGAUUAUUUUUUAAUAGGGCUUACUGAAUACCAAAAACUUAUUACGCAAAAUCCUAUUUUUUUAGAACGAGUUGAGAACGUAGGCAUUAUUGGUGGAGAAGAACCACUAAAUUGGGGUUUAUCAGGGCCAAUGGUACGAGCUUCGAAAAUAGAAUGGGAUCUUCGUAAAGUUGAUCAUUAUGAGUGUUACGACGAAUUUGAUUGGGAAGUCCAAUGGCAAAAAGAAGGAGAUUCAUUAGCUCGUUAUUUAAUACAAAUUGGUGAAAUGGCCGAAUCCAUAAAAUUUGUUCAACAAGCUCUAGAAGGAAUUCCAGGGGGUCCCUAUGAGAAUUUAGAAAUCCGACGCUUUAAUCGAAAAAAAUAUCCUGAAUGGAAUGAUUUUGAAUAUCGAUUCAUUAGUAAAAAGCCAUCUCCAACUUUUGAAUUGUCGAAACAAGAACUUUAUGUAAGAGCUGAAGCCCCAAAGGGAGAAUUAGGAAUAUUUUUGAAAGGAGGUCAGAGCGUUUUUCCUUGGAGAUCGAAAAUCCGCGCCUCGAGUUUUAUCAAUUUGCAAAUUCUUCCUCAAUUAGUUAAAAAAAUAAAAUUAGUUGUUAUUAUGAGGAUACUAGGUAGUAUAGAUAUCAUUAUGGGAGAAGUGAUCAUUGAA